AUGAACGUGAGCGUCGACGACCUCGUGCGGAAGAGCGACCCCUACGAGCUCGGCGGGCCGCUCCAGCGCGCGGGCAUGGCGUGGAACGGCGUGUGCGGUCAUACGGUCCUCCAACGCUACCGGACUCACUUCGCUCCGCCCGCGUCGGGCCGCAACGACAAUCAUUUUCGGAGCGACCCGCAGGACGACGAGGCCGUGACGCGCGGCGAGCACGAUGGCGCUAUCCGCCGCGCCGCAGCGACCGCCAUCCUCGCCCUCGGGGCGACCCGCGGCAUCAACGCGUGCUACGUCAACCAUUACCUCGACGCCGUGCAGGUCACAAUCCCAAAGGUCAGCCAGCGGCUCAAGGCGAUGGGCGCGCGCACCGCCGUCAUGCGCGGCUGGGCCGAGGAUCUCCGCGCGGAGCACGCGGCGGUCGAGGCGAGCCUCGCCGGUUCGUGCUUCUACGAGCUCGACAAGAACGGCGAGCGCGAGAGCGACGACGAGUGGGUCCUCCUCCGCGUGGGCGUGCACGCCGACUACACCGAGACGGUCGCGUUCUGCGCGCUCGCCGACGUGGCCGAGCCCGACGAGGAGGACGAGGAGCUCUUCCUGCUCGAGGACGUCGUCGGCUACAUCGAGGGCCGCGGGUCGGCUCCGCCGGAGGAGCCCGAGGCCUACGAGGCGCCCGCGCCGCCGCCGCCGCCGGUGUCGCCGCUCAAGCGCACGCGCGCCGAGCGCGACGCGGCGGAGCUGCUCGAGACCCAGCGCUCCUGGCUGCGAUCGGGCGCGCGGACGCAAUCCAAGGCCGCUCGACGGGACCGCGCGGCCUGGGAGGCCGAGGCCAAGGACGACGUCGAGGACGACGACGAGUACUUCAUCUGGGAGCCGCCGCGCCUCGAGUUCGGCGAGGAUUCCCGCCCGACGAAGAAGCUCCGUCGCUACGCGCUCCUCGACGAGUCCGACGUCAAACUCCUCGCCUCGGAGCCCUUCGAGUGCAUGACGGCCCCGUUACUGGCCAAGGGCGUGCCGCGGUCGAGCGGCCUCGACAUCCUCCGCAUCGGCCGCGUGUCCUACGAGUUCGUCGGCGACCCGACGGGCGACCUCCUGAGGACCGCCAUCUCGAUCGUCCGCGACCACAUGGACGCCAAGGCGAUCAACGCGCGCGGCGAGGGCCUCGACGUCGUCUCCUUAGCCGACGGCGUCAACAUGUCGCGGAAACGCGCCCAGGCCAAGUGCCUGUGGCUCCACGGCCACAACGACGGCACGUUCUCGGAGGGCUCGAGGAGCGUGGUCGGCUGGGUCGAGCACCUCGCCGCGCAGGAGCGCGGCAAGCGGAAGAAGGCGUUGACCUUUUUCGCCGCGCUGCUCAAGCGCGGCCUCGAGACGCGCACGCUCGAGGGCGAAUUGGCCUGCUACGGCGAAGGCGACCAGGGCAACGAACACGUCGACGCGGAGGUCAAGGAGCGCUUCCUCUACAACGACCACACCUACCGCGGCGGCCAGCCCGCGGGCACGAUGAUCGCGGGGCCCAUCGUCUUCCGCCUCGCGCUGUCGGUCCAGGGCAGCCGGAGCAUGUCGAUCUUCGGCAACCGCGGCGCGAUCGCGACGAUCCAGCGGAGCGCGGCCGAGCGCACCGGCGCGCUGUUCCUCGGCGGCGCGCACACGUGGCAGCGCGGCGAGUUCCGCCACCGGAACGAUUACGGCGAGGCGAAGGGCACGACGCUCAUCCUGACGUUCCGCAAGGACGUCUCCGGCAAGUUCGCGCACAUGUCGGAGGCCGAGCGGCUCCUCGCCCACUACGGCCUCGCGCUCUCCAACGCGUAAGCGACCCGUCGCGACGACGACGACGUUGACGAGCGCCACGCGGCGUCGCCGCGCGGCCAGCAGGGCCUCUCGCCCUUCAAGCGAUUCGCGGACGCGCAGUCCGCGGCUCGUAUCACCCCACGACCCCACGCUCCCACGACCUCACGACCACGACCCGACGCUCCCACGACCUCACGACCACGACCCGGCGCUCCCACGACCUCACGACCACGACCCGACGCUCCCACGACCUCACGACCACGACCCGACGCUCCCACGAAUCACGACCACGACCCCACGGCCUCACGGCCUCACGACUUCACGACCACGUCCCGGUCAAAAUUGACCUACUUUCUGCACCAAGGCUUUAAAUAGUAACAUCACAGAC